AAGGCAGCCAGUGUUACCUUUGACGGUCGGACGUAUGGUUGUCUGAUGCCCAGUGACGUCGACGUCGGCGCCCGUGCAACACGUCUAUGAUGUUACGAUAAAUUCAGUCGGGAUUCGUGAGUGACUGAUAAUAAUUAUUUUAUUAUCAUCAAACCUGGAACACAGUGAUAAACAUUGACCUUACCUUGGAUUUGGAUUUCGUGUGAAUCUGUGAAGUGACAUUAUUAAUACAUAAUAACAUAAACAGUGCAGUGAAUUAUUACGAGUGACAAUUUGGAUUUAACAAUUUUCAGUGCUAUCAGUAUAUUUACAAAUAAAUAUAUUGAGAUCAACAGUGUGACGGACCUUAGAUAAUUUAUCAAGGUGAUAAGAAGAAGCGACCAGAACGGAUCAUUCUGCUAAUACGGCGGGGUAUUCGGCGAGCACCAUUCAUUACCAGGGAGCCAUAGCUCCCGACACGGGCAAACAGAAUUCACUCCACGAGACAAUAGGAUACAGAGUAAAUACGCAAAGCUAUGGGUGCCACAUUGGUCCGGGCGCGAUGAGCGGCGGCGGCGAGAACGCGCAGUUCGGCGCCACCGCCGCGAUGGUAGCAGCGGCCACGACGGCCGCGAUGCAGGACUCGCAGCCCUUCUCGCAGAUGCAAAAUUCCAUGAAUAUGGGCAACCCCCAAUACAGUGCGAUGAACGGCUACGGUCAGACACGCAGCCAUAACCCAGCGAUGACGGGAAUGGGUAUGGGCGGUAAUGGUGGAAUGAAUGGAAUGAACGGGAUUAAUGGGAUGAACGGUAUGGCCAGUAUGGGGCAGAUGGGAAAUGCCUCCAUGAACGGAAUGAAUCCAAUGGCACAAAUGGCCAAUAUGGGAAUGCAUGCAAAUAUGAUGUCCUCACAAAUGGGCCCUGGACAAAUGGGUGGUUCUACAAAGAUGGGACCCGGUGGUUAUCAAAGGCGACACACGCCAUAUCCAUCGGGGACAAUGAUAAUGGGAACGAGGAAAACCCAGUACAUGGGUGGUCAACCAGGUUUUGCCCCAAACCAGUACCCAUCCGGCUAUGGCGGCCGGCCGGGAUUCCAAGGCCAAUACCCACCACAACAGCCAUUAGGCCCAAGCGGAAACUUCGGGCCAACCAUGCGUGGAAAUAUGAGGCAGUCUACUCCAACUUAUUCAAAUCAAAGUCAGUAUUUUAAUGGUGGAGUGCCUGGCCAUUUUCCGCAACAUCAGAGCGGCGGAGGCCAAUAUGGCGGCCAAUACAGCCAGCAAUUUGCACAAGAAGUGGCGAUGCGAACAAACAGCUAUCAACAUAGUCCGGUGCCUGGAAACCCAACGCCGCCCUUGACGCCAGCUAGCAGUAUGCCGCCCUACAUAAGCCCUAACGCUGACGUCAAGCCUCAUUUUAAUGAGCUCAAACCACAGAUGGGCAUGCAAAAUGAUGAACUUCGAUUGACAUUCCCUGUGAGAGACGGAAUCAUUCUACCGCCAUUUAGAUUAGAGCAUAACUUAGCUGUUAGCAAUCAUGUGUUUCAACUAAAACCGACAGUACAUUCAACAUUGAUAUGGAGAUCGGACCUAGAGUUACAACUAAAAUGCUUCCACCACGAAGACAGGCAGAUGAACACGAAUUGGCCGACGAGUGUACAAGUUUCGGUGAACGCAACACCAUUAGUAAUAGAUAGGGGCGAAAAUAAAACAUCACAUAAACCAUUGUACCUGAAAGAAGUAUGCCAACCGGGCAGAAACACCAUUCAAAUAACCGUGUCUGCAUGUUGCUGUUCCCAUCUAUUUGUUCUGCAAUUGGUCCACCGGCCCAGCGUGCGAAGUGUUUUACAAGGAUUAUUAAGAAAGAGAUUACUAACAGCAGAUCAUUGUAUCGCCAAAAUAAAAAUGAAUUUUAAUCAGACGACAUCUAGUGGUAACGGACCGAAUACUCCUAAUGAUAGAGAUAGUGUUGAGCAGACCGCUUUGAAAGUAUCUCUAAAAUGUCCCAUCACGUUUAAGAAGAUCACAUUACCAGCGCGAGGGCAUGAGUGUAAACACAUACAGUGCUUCGAUUUAGAAUCAUAUUUGCAACUGAACUGCGAGAGGGGUUCAUGGAGGUGUCCUGUUUGCAACAAACCAGCUCAGCUUGAAGGUUUAGAAGUAGACCAAUACAUGUGGGGGAUACUGAAUACCUUGAAUACUUCGGAUGUGGAUGAAGUUACGAUCGACAGCGGAGCGAAUUGGAAAGCCGCAAAAUCUUCAGCAAACACUGGAAUGAAGCAAGAAGAUGACAGCAAUGAUGGCAAUGUCAAGCGAAGCAAAACUGUAUCACCUGGGUCAAUGAAUAUGCCUACAAUGAACAACUGGGACCAAGCCCUAUCUCCGUAUCUACCUCCGGACAUGAACACUAUAGCGAGCGGUUCCAUGAUAUCAUCAUACAACCAGGGCGGUUCCAACAGGUCGAGUGGCUCCAACAGCCAAAACUACGACUAUGGCUUGACAAACGGCCCUGGCAGCAAUGAAUAUGCGGGAAAUGGGCCGUUGUCACAUCUCAACGAAAGUGUCAACUCUUUGGACCCGCUAAAUGCAAUGGAAAAAAGUUUAAAUGAACAGAUGCCACAUACCCCGCAUACGCCACAUACUCCUGGAUCAGCCCACACUCCUGGGGGAGGUGGUGGAGCUCACACCCCAGGGUCCAGCCACACACCAGGUCCACCUUCAGUUGGGCAUCACUCCUUGAAUGAUGUCGACAUUCCUGCAGAUCUCAACUUUGAUCCGGCCGCUGUCAUCGAUGGUGAAGGGACGGACAAUCUCAAUUUGCUGCCAGAAACGAGCGUAGAUCCUAUGGAGCUCCUGUCGUAUCUAGACGCGCCGGCUUUGGGUGAACUCCUGGCAACUCCUCCGUCGUCCUCAUCUUCGGCAGGGUCGCACCCGCCGCGCGCGACCUCCUCUGACGACUUGCUUGCUCUGUUCGAAUGAGUGCUGGGCAUCUGAGUAUCUGAUGCGUAACCAUCAGAAUAUUCAACUCAUUCAAAGGCCUACAGCGGCGCCUACUAAGCUCCUUCUAAGGAGUCCAACAUUGUGAUACUAGAUUUUAGUUCCUUCUCCACGAGUGUCGGUUUCGCGUGUCGCGGCACGUCUCCUGAAGGUGUUCCGAUGUAGCCAAGCUAACUGAAUCUCUGCUGACGGCUGACGCGUGACGUCACUGUGGGGUCACCUCACUGUCACGUCGCGGCAUGCGAUGUACCCAAUCAAACGGUACGCAGCGACCUUGGAGAAUCUUUCAUAGUUAUAAUUAUUAGGUAAAGGUUUGAGGCUCGGGCCGGCCAUAACCACUUCGGUGAAAUGUAUUGUAUAGUUCCUUGCGCCACCGUCACUACAAGCGCGGCGCUUCUGAGCUCUUAAUAUUCUAAAGAAUAGCUUAAAUAAAUUAAAAGUAAUUUUUAAAUAAAUUCAUCUUCUUGUUCAACAUAUAAUGAUAAAUUAUAGCUAGUGUAAAUAAAAGAUUUAAUUGUUUGAGCGCGCUCGUAACACCGAUUGUAAAUAUAAGUUUUACUUUAGGUUACGGUGCUUACAAAUUAUGCUAAUGAGUAUUAUGGUUGCCAAAUUAAACUGGGUUCACUAUAAUAUUCAAAUGCUUAAAGUUUUCUCAUAUAAUUCUGCAUUUUUAAUAUUAAGUAACAUAAGAUUGAUGAGUAUGAAGUUACUCGCUUAUUGGGUGAUAUAUUCUAAUUCAAGUUAUUUGAAAUCCAUACGUAGAAUCUAAUUGGUUACAGACUAUUGUAUAUGUGAGUGCAAAACGAAACUGUUAAAUUAUUUUGCGUUAAAUGUGAUUUGAUGAAUGAUAGAAAUAUAUUUUAAUUUCUAUUUUUAAGAGAAUAAACUGUAUUAUUUGUAAAUAUGAUUUUAGCUAAUUAAGAAUAUUAUAUUAUGAUCUAGCUAUAUAUUUAGAACAUGGCGGAUACUUAUAUGAUGGCCAGUUUUAGUGUAGUAAUACUAAAUUAAAAGAUAUCUACACAUGGUUUUACAUGUAUAUAAUAUACAAAUGUGGUUUUAUUUAAUUGUUGGCGGAAACAACCAGAGUAUAGAUAAUGAAAUGAUUCUUUGAGUUACGACAAUACAUCGUUGAAGUAGGCAACUAAUGUAUUAGUAGAAAUUAUACAAUAAUAUACUAGAUACCAAUUUAAUAAACAGGAAAUAUUAUAAUAAUUAAUGAUCUUUUAUUACAAUUAUACAUACAUUUAUCUAUACUCUGAAACUUAAACAAACUUAUUUUUCAGUACACAAUAGGCAAUUUUUCAUCAAUUUGGGCUCAUCUAUUAUUUCGUAACAGAUAUUACAGUUUGCAAUUUGAUUUGUGAUUUGUUGUAACGUAAAGCAAUAAUUAAAUAAAUAUUUAAUUCCAUAAAUAAUGGAUUUUAUUUCAAAAUAGCUUUAUAAACUGUUAUGUUACUUAAUGAGAUCAGCGAUGAGCGUUAAGUUGACUAGAAAUGUACUUAGAACUUACUUAUUUCACAUAUUUUCAAAUGUAGAAUUUUUCAUAGUAAGCUCGCAAUUUUGUAAUAGUAUUAAUUGUCAAGACCGUUUUAUUAAAAUCAUGUAGUCUCAUAUUAAUUGGCAGUAACAAUGUCACCACUGUUUGUGUCAAUAUAUUUCAGGUUAUUAUUAAAAUCUUGGAUUAAGGAUUGGUCUCCGCUGCGCUCGAACUAGAUACCGCACUAUCUAAGAACAAUAGCUCUUUUAUUGCGGCAACUAGUAGAUGCUCGUGUGCGUGGCAUCUUGACACUCAAUGGCAUCUGUCAAAUUUUGUAACAUACGCUUCGUGUUAUUUUACAUUGAAAUUAAUUAAAAGUUUGACAGAACAUGACAAUUUGACACGUCGAUGUCACACCGUGUUCGCCACGAGACUGGCUCGAGUACGCCUACGGGCGUACUAUUAGUUGCCGCACUUUACGAAUAUGCCUGCGCUAUCUAGUUGGAGCGCAGCGGAGACCAAUCAUUAAUCUAAUAUUAAAACAUUCUUUGUAAAAUUAAUCUCGAAUUUUCUCACUAUCAUUGUAGAACUGGUGAUAUAUCGAUCAUUGUAACACCACCUUUAUAAAUAACGCCUCUAGUGUAAAUCAUCCAUUACAAAAUCAUAAAGUAAGUAUUUCUUAUAAGCUGUGGUCAAUUAUAAAACGGACAUGUUUUAUGGUUUUUUGAUGGUAUUCAAAUAAAAAGUUUCAAGUUGAUCACCGCUUAUAUACUUUUAAGGGACCUUCAAUUCCAGUUAGCUAGUUCUAUUUAUUGUAGUGGUGAUUGCUUUUGGAUGGAUCAUUUAAUUAAUAUUUGUGUGACCAAGUGAUGAUAUUCACCUGUUUUAGGUGAAAUUAUAGCGUUUUUAUAAAAUAUAGCAUAUCACAGACAAUCAAAUUCAACAAUGCGUGUAUGAUCCAUCCAAAUGUGUAAAAUACAAUAUAUUUUGUUGAGUAUUAGUAUUACCUGGAACGGACUGCUGUGGAUUUUGUCGUAACAACCUCAAGAAAUGUAUUAAAGCAUUUGGAAAUAAGUGAAAAAAGAAAAUGAAAAUUUUGCAACCCAUGACCAUAAUAAUUGAAGCCAAAUUGUAUUGUAGAUGAAGAUUCGAAAUGACUAGAUAUCUGGUACCUACUGAUGUUUUCAAAAUAUGUAAAAUGAAAAAAGAAAACGUAACAUUUUUAUGUUAUUAAAAAUAAAAUGAAUCUUAAAAAUUA